CACUUUAAUAAAUUAGAGAGAGUUCCUUAAAGUUAUCUUUUGAAAUAUUUCAAAAUAGUAUUCUUCAAUAGAGUGUCAAAUGAUUAAUGUUGGAAAAGAGCCUCUAAUUUCAAACAAUUGAAAUACGAAAUGUAUUAUUCUCUUCGCCAUCUUUUGUCUGGUGUAACUUGUCUGUCUGCUAGAAAUGUUGUCCAGGGUUUCUCUUCGAGCUGUGGCCCAGCUGCAGGCGGGCCGGCCCCUGGUUGGUGCGUGCACAACGCACACCAGUGCCGCCUCGUCCUCUCUGCCGUCGACCUACCAGGAGCCCCCAGAGCGUGACGUGGUGAACUUCCCGAGGCGUGCCAUGCCCAUCCACCCGGCGCCCGUGAAGUACGGCUUCAUCCCCGAGGAGUGGUUCACCUUCUUCUACAAGAAGACGGGCGUCACGGGGCCGUACAUGUUCACGGUGGGCCUGGGCACGUACCUGUUCAGCAAGGAGAUAUUGGUGUGCGAGCACGAGUUCUACACCGGUCUGUCACUUGGCAUCAUGUGCAUCUUUGCGGUGAAGAAGUUCGGCCCGAAGGUGGCAGAGUACCUCGACAAGGAAGUGGACGCGGCGGACAAGGAGCUGACCGACUCUCGGGACCUCACGGUCAAGUCCCUGGAGGAGGGCGUGGCACUGGAGAAGUUGCAGCAGUGGCGAGCCGAGGGCCAGAACCUGCUGUUCGAGGCCAAGAAGGAGAACGUGGCGCUGCAGCUGGAGGCUGCGUACCGCGAGCGCGUCGCCGCUGCCUACCAGGAGGUGAAGCGCCGGCUGGACUACCAGGUGGAGCGACUGAACGUGGACCGUCGCAUCGCACACAAGCACAUGGUAUCGUGGAUUGUGUCCUCCGUGCUCAAGUCCCUCACGCCACAGCAGGAGAAGGAGUCCCUGCAGAGGUGCAUCGCUGACCUCCAGGCGCUGUCGGCCCGCGCCUGAGCUGGUUCCGGUCCCUACGUAGUGGCAGAUUCCUCGCGUACUGUGCGUUCGCUAGCGGCAUGUACACCCUGACAGCUGAUUAAAGGGUCAUGUUUUCCAACA